UACAUACAUGGAAUUUACUUGGAAAAGAUUUGAUUGUACCAUGCAUAACUCAGCAUACAUUCUCAGUGAUGAAUAAUAAUAUUUCGCCAGUAUUUGAAAAAUUACCUGAGGAUCACAUUACCUAUCAUCCACAUUAUAUAUGUCUUUCAUGCUUUGAAAAGAAUGGAGGUCAUGUUCAUAUACCUACAGGAAAAGGCCCAAAUAAAAAAUAUAACCAUGCAUUAAAAGAGAAUGUUUUAUCAAAACUUGUAUCUGUUUUAAACGCUUAUUCAAACAAAAACAAUGAUUUAUUUUUUUUGAAUAACCACACUCUAAAUUUAUUGAAUCCUCUGAUCAUCAAAGCUUUGUUAAAACUUGGUAAAGCUGAUAAAUUAAUUUUAAAACAGAAAAAAAAUCCUGUCAACCCUGGUGAAUGA